CUUAUUUCGUCGAGAUACAACUACCGGACGACUUCUGACGAGGCUAAGAAUGUGAAUAGUGGAGAGUCUGACUCUGAGAACCAGUGGCAACGAUUUUUCACGCGUAGUCUGCUCUACGAAACGCAGCAGCUACGGGGUGGCGCGAGAGGGAGUGCGGGAUUGCUGGUCCACGUCUAUCGGAACACAUUGAAGGGCUUAGACGGCGAAAAUGCAAGUUCAGAUAGUUUCAACAAC